GGAGCUCAGUUGAUUGUCGUGAAAUUAACCGUUCACAUUCAAUUGUAAUUGAAAUGGUGAACAAAUCGCUAACGUUGCUGUUUGUGCUCGCCUUUGCGGCGACGCCGGUUUGGAGUGCCAAUAUUCUGGCAUUAUUCAGCACCUUCAGCCCUUCGCAUUUGAUUGUGCACAUGUCAAUGAUGAAGACGCUGGCAGACCAAGGACACAACUUAACCAUAGUGACAACAUUGAAACCGAAAAUAGCGCCGCACGAGAAUAUGACUUUUAUUCAUGCGCCAGCGUCUGAAGAGCGUCUUAAGGGCAUGAACGAGUAUCUGGAGAAAUCAUCAAAGGAGAAACUCCACAUGGUGCAAGCCAUGAUAAAUUCUCUGACAAAUGCAGGUUCCAUGUUAGGCAUUGGAUAUGACUUCGUGGUAGAUCCUAAAGUGAAAGCCAUCUAUGAGAAUCCGCAGGUCAAGUAUGAUCUGCUAAUUCUUGGCUACCUGAUGAACGAAUUCCAAUUGGGCAUUGCUGCCAAAUUAGAUGUGCCAGCAAUUUUAAGCUGGGUUGGAGUGCCCUUCACAUUUGUCGACGACAGCGUUGGAAACAUCUACGAUCCUUCCUAUGUGCCAAGCAUAACCAUGGCGGCCGACCCAGAAAAUCCAACACACAGCUUCUCAUGGCGUAUACGCAACUUUGGCAGCUGGCUUGUAUUCAAAGCGUUAGGCUUGGGAGUGGAGUACAAAAUGAAUGCCUUCUACGAGCAGGCCUUUGGCAAUGACUCUAGCAUGCCCAGUUACGAUGAAGUGAAACAGCGAGUCUCAUUGCUCUUCUAUAAUUACCAUUCACAUAGUGAAGGUCCUGUGCGUCCCACAGUGCCGCAGUCCAUUGAGAUUGGAGGAAUACAAAUCAAGGAAAAGCCUGAUCCCUUGCCACUAGAUCUUGCCGGGUUCCUCAACAACGCAACUGAUGGAGCCAUCUUCUUCAGCCUGGGCACCAAUGUCAAGCUAAAGUACUUUGAUCCCCAACUCAUUGAAACGAUCUACCAAGUGCUCUCUCGUCAGCCAUUGCGUAUCAUCUGGAAGUGGGAUGACCAGGAACCCAAGCCAGGCAACGCAUCUAACAUAUACUUCCACAACUGGCUGCCCCAGGAUGACAUACUAGCGCAUCCAAAUACCAAGCUUUUUAUCACACACGCUGGCAAAGGAGGCGUCGCUGAGGCCCAGUACCACGCUGUGCCAAUGCUGGCGUUGCCUGUCUUUGGAGAUCAACCCGGCAACGCUCAGCUCAUGGUGACGUCAGGCUUUGGAAUCAGCAUGGAUCUUCUCACGCUCACCGAGGAGAGCUUGGAGAAGGGCAUCCAAGAAGUCCUGAAAAAUCCCGUGUAUCGGAAUAAUGUCCGCAAGUUCUCGGAUCUCUAUCGCGAUCGACCGCUGACAGCUCGCCAAUCUGUGAUAUACUGGACGGAGUAUGUGAUGCGUCAUAAAGGAGCUUACCAUCUGCGGAGUCCUAUUGUAAAACUUGGAUUUGUGGCACGAUACAAUCUCGAUGUUUAUGCCAUUAUUCUACUGAUUUUGUUGAGCACUUUUAUAAUGUUCCUAAUAGUUCUACGAUUGGUGAUCAAAACUCUUCGAGCUCGACAACAAACCAAAGCCAAGGUCAAGCGAAAUUAAAUGGUUAGGUAAUUACGUAAUCCAAUUGCUAUAAGCAAUAUUACGCAUGCGAUACGUUGGGUAUUGCACAGGUAUAGUCAAG